AUGAACCCAGCCCAGGUUCGGCGAAUAAGUAUGGCACUAAGCAGAGCAACGGCUGAGCUAUCCGCCGCCAGACAAAUCUCCUCAGUUACUGGUGGUGGAAGUAGUGUCCUCAAUCUUGCGCGUAGACUGACUAUGGGUCCGAUCCAAUUCGGUGAUUACGGUGAUAUGCGGGAAUUGGAGUCGGGCAACGGAUGGAUCGCUGGCAGGUUUCCACACGGUGUGCGACGUGGUCUUGCGUGGAAUGACACUGGCGCCUCAAGUUAUGCAGGCAUUCAAGGCUCCGCCACAACUUCCGCUCGGAGACCGAUAGCCACAUCCCUUCCACACAUCAGUAAUAGAUCUUCCACCCCAGUACCAUGCCUCCUCACGGCUUCAGGAAGGACUCGGCGGGCUGAAUUGCAAAGAAUGUUUGGAAGAGAAAGUGAGAAUUUUAGCAAGGCUCGAAAUUUUAUGGACGACUCGGUGCUUAUCGCCUCCUCCUCCUCCUCCUCCACCUCCUCCUCCCUCGCCUCGGGGAUCGAUGACGUCUCCUCCUCAAUCACGAAUUUGGUCCACCUCACUAAAUCGGUGUUAUUCCCUAUUCAGGAGAAUAUUUUGAAGUGGUCAAGUGCUCUUCCAACGGAGCAUUCAAACAUCCACUGCAUUCUUUUGAACCCGACCAAUCCGUCUGUCACAACACCUAGCACAACCAGUUACCAGAUGUCGAAGUCGCAAUUAUCACUCGACGUUGCCGAUAAUCCCACUAACAGAGCAAACAAGUCGAAGACUGCAAUAAAUGGGACCUAA